GUUGUUGCAGCGUCCGAGGCGUCGGGGCUGGACGAGGACACGCUGUCCCGGCUGGUGGACGUGCUGAGCGUGGGAGACGUCCCCUGGAGGAAGCUGGCUGAGAAGCUGGGGAUGAUGACGCUGACUCACCUUUACCUGGACAGCCCCACGCCCUGCCACCACCUGCUGCAGCACUACCAGCUUGGUGGAGGUCCAGUUGAAGGUCUGGUUGAAGCUCUUCAGUCUCUCGGUCUGACUGAAGGAGUCCGUCUGCUGAGACACAGCGAGCUCCGAGACGACAAACACAACACAGACGCCACGGUGGACAGCGGCUUCGGCAGCCAGCCAAUGGAAGAAGAGGAGCCGCCUGUGGCCAAUCAGUGACGAGCGGGAAGAAAAA